AACUCCCAGGAGGCUGAGGGCGGGCGGGUGAAGAGGCAGCGAUGGAAACUACACUUCCCAAGAGGCGCAGCGUGUUAGGCGCGUGGCAGUGACGUCACGGGGCCCGGCUCAGGGAGCUGAUUCGGCCAGAGCUGCCAGCGGGGUGGCUACCGCCGCUGGUUUGUUACAGCUGCUGGAGUGUCCGCGGCCCGGGUCCUCGGGCUCCUUUCCCGGGCCCUCGACCUCCGGCCCCGCGCGAGCUGCAGUCGAGAGGGUGGCAGGAUGAAUGUGGGCACGGCACACAGCGAGGUGAACCCCAACACUCGGGUGAUGAACAGCCGCGGCAUCUGGCUCUCGUACGUGCUGGCCAUCGGACUCCUGCAUGUCGUGCUGCUGAGCAUCCCCUUUGUGAGCGUCCCUGUCGUCUGGACCCUCACCAACCUUAUCCACAACCUGGGCAUGUACAUCUUCCUGCACACGGUCAAAGGGACGCCCUUCGAGACUCCAGACCAGGGCAAAGCAAGGUUGCUGACCCACUGGGAGCAGAUGGACUAUGGAGUCCAGUUUACGGCCUCUCGGAAGUUCUUGACCAUCACACCUAUUGUGCUGUACUUCCUCACCAGCUUCUACACCAAGUACGACCAAGUCCACUUCAUCCUCAACACUGUGUCCUUGAUGAGUGUGCUCAUCCCCAAGCUGCCUCAGCUCCAUGGAGUCCGGAUUUUUGGGAUCAAUAAGUACUGAGGUUGUAGCCCCUUCCCCAGCCGGGUUGGCCGGGGAAGGGUAGAAAGCCUUUGCUGUGAUGCUGAAGACGGGAGUCUCUGGACACCGCCAGAGACGGGGGUGUGCCCUGGGCCUGGCUUCCCCCUCGCUUCCCCAGUAGCCGACUUGGAGUAGCUUGUAGUGGGGUUAGGGUGGAGCCUUUGGGCUCUGACCCAUUCUGAAGUUUUUGAUCUUUUCCUUUUGCCUUUUGAAUAGAGAUGCCGUGGGGGUGGUCAUGAAAGGGGCUGGGCUCUCCGGCUGGCGGUGGACCUGAGACGCUGGGCCAGGAAGCUCGGAGAAACCCCUGUUGGCUUGUUGACCCUCAGGCAGUCAUAGCACUUUAGCCCCUGAGAAGGGGGCAGAGGGACGGUACAGCUUCUCCAUUGUCCCCCAGGCUUUCAGUGUGUGGGGGGACGCGCUUUUGUAGGUAUUGGAAACACGUGAGCCGCGCUGCCUCCGUCCUCUAGGUAGAGCAGUCAGGCUUUGUUGACUUCCUUGCUACCCAUCCUGGGUGAGCUGUGGGCGAGGGGAAGAUGGGGUAGGGGACACCUGGUGUAGAGGUGGGGGCCAGGAUGCUGCAGCCCCGGGCCUGGGGAGAGGGGAGCUCUGAGCAGGGGUAGGGUGGGGUCUUAGAAUGGUCAAGAUAGCAGCAGCCGAUACGGAUCAGUGUAAAAAAGAGGAUCUGGGGAGGAGAAGCCAGACCCAGCCUCCUUUGGAAUAUGGGCUGGAGGGAGAGCUGGCAUGGGGGGUUAAUUUACACACAGAAUGACGGUGAUGGGCAAGGGAGGCCUCUGUGGACUUGAAGCUCCUGGCUUGGUAUGAGCGGUGCACAGGCUGGAAGAGGCCUGUGAGUCCUCAGCAGCACAGGUCCGGUUCGACACUUCCCUCAGAGUGUGAGGAGGCUUCCACAGAGCGGCUUCCUCAGCCCUUGAACUUGUGUUCUCACGUAGACUGUGCCGGGGCAGGGCCUCUUGUGUGGCACACAUGUGAGGGGCCAGGAGGCCACCUCCACGUGAGGUCAGUGGGCUCCACAGUGCUCUAGGAUCCCUGCCCAAACAGGGCACUGGUGGGGACAGCUGCAGGCACUGUCUCCUCUGCCUGAAGAGAGGUGUCACAGGCCUAAGACUAAGCUGCAGAGGGCUGUCUUCACCCUCACUGGUUCAGCUGGCCGUGUUCCUUUGGAAAGGUGUGGUGGCUAAUCCCUCUUCCUGGGGCUGGAGGAAGUCACUCACUUGUGUUCUUCUCCUGACCCUCAUUCCCAUCCCCAUGUAUCAUAGGGAACUUUCACCUUCUUUCUAAGCAAAGUGUGAAUAGGAUUUUUACGCCCUUUGUACAGUAUUCUGAAAAAUGAAAUAAAGUGCAACAUGUUCUGUUA